AUGCACAGCACGCUGCUCCCGUCGUCCCCGAAGAAACACACCUUCGUGCCCGAGCACCAUGGUCCGCUCCAGGCGCUUUCACUGAGAGACAUGGAGGCGAAGCAGCACCAGAUCAAGAGCCUGAAGAGCUACCCGGAGACCGGCGGCCGGAGCCUGGCAGCAGCCGCCGCCGCCGCGGGGGGAGCCGGCUCGGCUGAGAUGGAGAUGGAGGCGAAGAUCCAGAAAGCCAUCGACUUCAAGGCGGAGGGUCACCGCUGCUACAAGGAGAAGAAAUUCCGGGAGGCGAUAGGCAAGUACCACCGGGCGCUGCUGCAGCUGAAGGGGGUGCACGUCGCCGACGGGACGACGGGCUCCGAGGUCAACCUGCUGAGCCAAGCCACCUCCAAGAUGACCGAGGAGCAGCGGAGAUCCGUGGAGAUCACCGAGAUCGAGUGCUACGACAGCCUGACAGCGUGUCUGUUGCAGUCCGAGCUGGUGAACUAUGAGAGAGUGAAGGAGUACUGUCUGAAGGUGCUGAGCCACCAGAGAGACCACUUCAAGGCCAUGUACCGAGCCGGCAUCGCCUUCUACCACCUGGGGGACUACGACUGUGCCCUACGUUACCUGCGUGACGCCAAGAACCGCGAACCAUCAGACACCAACGUGCUCCGGUACAUCCAGCUGACGGAGAUGAAGAUGAUCAAGAGCGGACAGCGGGAUCGAGAGAUGGGCAAAGAGACCCAGGGCUAA